CUUGUAGUUUCGUCUUGUGAACUCAGUGGGCCGCUGUUGACUAGCGUCUUGGCGUUUAAAAUGUGUAUUUAUACAUGUGGACUUCCACCGUCCUCCCACAAGAGAGGACGAUUUGGAAGCAUUUACGGAAAGUCGACGCUGGAAGAAACAUGAUGCACGGAAUAUCAAGUUGGAAUUAUAGCAUCGUCAGUUGUUGAUCAGAUAGAUCCUUUUGCUUUUUUUUGCUUUUUUUUAUUGGUAACGCUGACUGUGAAAGGGAAGAGAAACAUUAGUUUGGUUUUACGGAUAAGCCUGACGGAACAAUGAGACGGCAAGUACUGUUGUUUUUCUCCGUCCUCCGUCUCAGUUCAGUGCUCGGCCAGGUCAGCUACUCCAUUCCGGAGGAAAUGGCCAAAGGCUCUUUGGUCGGUAACAUAGUUCAGGAUUUAGGUUUGGGUGUUAAACGAUUUCAAACGGGUAACGCCCGCAUUCACACGGGAGACAGCACAGAAUACAUUCAGCUUAACAAGGAGAAGGGGCUGCUUGUCAUUAAAGAGAAAAUAGACCGCGAGGCUCUCUGUGGUCAGAAAACGCCUUGUGCUUUGCAUUUUCAGAUCGCCUUAGAAAACCCGAUUGAAAUAUUCCAGGUUACUCUGGAAAUCACAGAUAUUAAUGACAAUGCUCCCGUUUUCGAAAAGGAAGAGAGGAGGUUUGAAAUUAGCGAGUCUGCUGUUAUCGGCUCUAAAUUCAUGCUAGAGAAAGCAAUGGACCCUGAUAUCGGACUGAACGGUCUUCAGAGCUACACACUGAAGCCCAAUGAUCAUUUUGUGCUUAAAUUACAUAGUCAGUCUGAUGGAGGUAAAAAAGUUGAAAUGAUUUUACAGAAACCGUUGGAUAGAGAGCAACAGGAGUUUGCAUCAUUAUUGUUAACGGCUGUAGAUGGAGGAGAGCCGCAGAGAUCUGGGACGAUGCAGAUUCACAUUACUGUGUUAGACGCUAAUGAUAACGCUCCUGUUUUUACGCAAAACAUUUACAAAGCAAGUGUGAAAGAAAACGCUGUGACGGGAACAAUCAUAACUAAAGUGAGUGCCUCCGAUGUAGACAAAGGCUCGAAUGGGGAGGUUAGCUACGUAAUUGGAAAUAGCAUGAGAGCAUUUCAAAAUUAUUUCAAGUCACUGAAGACGGCCACCUAAUAUUAAAUGGGCCUAUUGACUAUGAAAAUGCCAGAAAGUAUGAAAUCGAUAUGGAGGCAGUUGACCGAGGAGGUUUAUCUGAUUCAAGCAAAGUAGUUAUUGAUGUAGGGGACAUUAAUGACAAUAGUCCGGUUAUUAAAAUGAUUUCAUCAUCAAAUUCAAUAGAAGAAGAUUUGCGUCCUAACACAGUGGUUGCUGCAAUGAGUGUAAA